AUGGCUUCGUGAGCAUUUAACGUCAUGGUCAAGCUCAGGAAUCAGAGUCAGGAUGUCACCGACUAAAAAAGGUGAUGUGUCGCAGUCUCGCAAUAUUUUGAGGCACCGGUGCUGUGCCUUUGUGGCGGUGCACGUCGUUUGAUGUCGAUAACCUUUUUUGGGUAGGUAGAACGUGGCUACCAACCACAAACUGGACGGCUCAGCCAAGAAUCAAACGUGACGGCGUACACAUGCGUAUUAUAGCUGCGGGAUGGCAUUAAUGGUGACGCCCCUGGCUUCGAGAAAAGACUAAACUGAUGGUCUGAACUAGAUGCAGUAUCCUGGUCAAUAGCCUUUGGCACUAAUGUACCAGCGGCGCGGCGUUGCCUCGCGCUGUGCUUGAAUAAAACUGAACUCGUCGUACGUUCAAUAUCAUGUAACUUGCCCGUCUUUGACACCUGCGGCAAUCUGAAGCUGUUCAGAACGACGCCCAAGACUUGAUGUUGCCGGUGCAAAUCUCCACCCUUCUUGUUUCCAGUUAGCACCUCUCCCACAAAAUAUUCUCGGGGAACAUUCUCUGUGUUGCAUCAGAUAUUCCUCUUCGUUCGUACCUUCCAAGGCCGACCUUGGAUAGCAAAGCAGGGUCAAUGAAUAACAGAGGCAUUUUCGCAGCGGCCUUAACCGCUGGCCAGCUCUGUAUAAAAGACAAUAUGCGAGGUCUGCUUUAGCCAUCGCAGAACUUCUGGUCUUUGCAUAGUCCACUUUCCUGAAUAUCAGCUGGAAUGGCUUUCGCAUCCGCAUUGUCGACGUUUACCAUCCUCGCGUUUGCUCUGAAAGUAUACGCUGGGAUAGGUCCCGUUGCCGACUUGCACAUUGUCAACAAGGAUAUCGCGCCCGAUGGCGUGAGUCGUGCUACCGUGCUAGCAGGAGGUACGUUCCCUGGUCCACUUAUCACCGGGCGGAACGGUGACAAUUUCCAAAUCAACGUUAUCGACGAGCUGACCGAUGAUAGGAUGCUAACGGCAACCUCUAUUCAUUGGCAUGGAUUUUUCCAGAGGGGGACCAACUGGGCUGAUGGCCCCGCCUUUGUUACCCAGUGCCCAAUUAUUAGCGGGAACUCGUUCCUGUACGACUUUGACGUCCCAGACCAGCCUGGUACCUUCUGGUAUCAUAGUCAUCUGUCCACUCAAUAUUGCGAUGGUCUGCGUGGAGCGUUCGUUGUAUACGAUCCCAAUGAUCCCCACAAGCAUCUCUACGACGUCGAUGACGAUAAUACGGUGAUCACCUUGGCAGAUUGGUAUCACGUUUUUGCACGUACCGUGGUUGGUGUUGCCACGCCCAAUUCAACUCUGAUCAACGGAUUAGGACGGUCUCCAUUUGGACCCGCCGACGCUGAGUUGGCGGUCAUCAACGUCCAACGUGGCAAACGCUACCGCUUCCGUCUGGUUUCUAUCUCUUGCGACCCCAAUUACAUCUUCUCCAUCGACAAUCACACAAUGACUGUCAUUGAAGUCGACGGGGUCAACAGUAAGCCGUUGGGUGUUGACUCGAUUCAAAUAUUUGCAGGGCAGCGAUACUCUUUUGUCCUUCAUGCCAACCAAUCGGAGAGUAACUACUGGAUCCGAGCCAGACCGAACAUUGGCGCGAACACCACUACUCUCGGAGGCAUGAACUCCGCUAUCCUCCGCUAUGUCGGAGCACCCAAGACGGAACCGACCACUGUUGAAACUCCGAGUGUAAACCCAUUGCUCGAGACGAACCUACGGCCUCUAGUUCGCACUCCGGUGCCUGGAAGUCCAGUUCCUGGAGGUGCUGACAUUGUGAAGACUCUAGAUCUGACAUUCGCUGGUGGUCGCUUCAACAUCAAUGGCGCUUCAUUCCAGGAUCCUACCGUUCCGGUCCUUCUUCAAAUUCUCAGUGGAGUGCACAACGCUCAGGAUUUGCUACCUGCUGGCAGUGUCAUCGAACUCGAGCAAGGAAAGGUUGUCGAACUCAUCAUUCCUGCUCUUGCCAUAGGCGGCCCACACCCCUUCCAUUUGCACGGGCAUAACUUCUGGGUCGUUCGAAGUGCUGGCACUGACCAGUACAACUUCGAGGAUGCGAUCCUGCGCGACGUAGUCAGCAUUGGAGCUACCGGCGAUCAAGUCGCCAUCCGCUUCGUGACCGAUAACCCUGGACCUUGGUUCCUUCAUUGCCAUAUCGACUGGCAUCUCGAAGCCGGGUUGGCUGUCGUGUUUGCCGAAGGAAUCAACCAGACCGCUGCUGCCAACCCCACCCCUCCGGACUGGGACCAACUCUGCCCGAAGUACAACGAGCUCAGCCCAAGUGAGAAGGUGCAACCGAAGAAGGGCACAGCCGUAUAACAUGACGUUACGCGCGGUUUGGCAUUAAUGAAGUAAUUACAGUUCCGAUUCAACCAUCUAGCUUGUAUGUAUGUAUCUGGAAAAACCAGCGGUGAUAUGCAAUUUCGUCUACACUCAAGAUUUCACC